CGCCGGCCGACUCAGUCGACACACGACGUGUGCUCACAACGCACGUCCGUAGCGGCCGUUGACAUAAAUACGGGUCAUUGAUUUGCAUAAUAAACACAGUUUGUAUUACAAAAAGUGAUAUUUGUACCAAAGUAAUGGUAUUUUGUAUGUGAUAUUUAUUCAUUUGGAUUUUAAGGUCACAGAAAUGGAAGCGUUAAGGUUGCGAACUGUGGUUUCUUUAGCCACCAAUCACGGGAAAGGUCUUAUUUGUUGUCAUAAUGCAAAUCCCCGUCCGUUGCUGUCAUGCAUUCCCGUGGCUGUGGUGGGGGUAAAUCGAAGUGCUCACACGCAGAAUAUCUUCCAAAACAUGACAUACAUCAGCAACGAUAAUGUCAAGUUAAAAGCAGAUUCUAAAACUAUGAAACUAAACCAAAACAUAGACAAGCCACUAUGCAUAAUAAUGAACUGGAUGAUGGCGAAACCUAACCACGUGCAGAAAUAUGCCAAGCUGUACUUGGACCAUGGAUUUGACGUGGUCUCCGUGACCUGCACACCCUGGCAGCUCAUGUGGCCAGCCAAAGGAUCUCAGGUGUUAGCGAAAAGCUUGCUGCGGUUCAUGGAAGCGAACACUCAGAACCCGCUGGUGGUGCACGGGUUCUCCGUCGGCGCGUACGUCUGGGCUGAGCUGCUCGUGCACGCAGUCAAAAAUAAACAGCAAUACCAGCCAGUAUUAGAUCGCAUAGCGUCCCAGGUGUGGGACUCCGGGGCUGAUAUCCACGAGAUUCCCGUCGGCUUCCCGAGCGCCGUGUUCCCGAAGAACAAGGUCUUGCAGGAGAUCUUCAGAACUUAUAUCAAGACUCACAUGAAGGUAUUCCACAACGUAGCAACGAAGCACUACAUGAAAGCAACCGCAGUGUUCCACGAGACGCCCUGCAGAGCACCCGGGCUGUUCCUCGUCUCCAAAACUGAUUUAGUCGGCGCUGAGAAGAGGAGCAGGAGUGUUCACGAUUCUUGGGUUAGGAGUGGGAUGAAGUGCAACUUCAAAUGCUGGGACAAGUCGCCUCACGUGCUGCAUUACAUCUACCACCCAGAAGAGUACAAACAAGUUCUGUAUUCACAUCUCGAACAGUGUGGACUGCUCAAAUCUUAGUCAUACCGAGGAGGCAAAGUAACUAUUAAGGAAAUCUGUGUUCAUACCAUUAAUGCGGUGAACUGGUUAGGUACUACCUAUAGUCUUAACCUACUAUUAUUAUAUUUUGUAUUUUUGUUUGUAAUGGAUAAACACUAAAAAAUUUGGACUGAUUUAGAAAAAAAUCACCAUUAGAAAGCUACAUUAUCUGCAAGUAACAUAAGCUAUAUUUUAUCCCGAUACGGGCAGUAGUUCCCACGGGACGCGGGUGAAACCGCGGGGAAACAGCUAGUCUAUACUAAUUAUAAAGAGGUUUUUAUUUAUUUGCAUAGGCUCCGAAACCAUAGAAUCGAUUUGAAAAAUUAUAAAAUGGGGAUUUGAUUUUUUUACAGAGUAGCUUUCACUGACUGUCCCCGAGUAACAUAGGCUAUAUUUUACCUUAGAAAAGAAUCUGUGGGACUUGUACAAAUUACUGUAAUGAUGCUUUGAAAAUUAAGCUACCAAUAAACAAAAUAAGUCCUAAGCUAAAAGUUUUUCAAACAAAAGCAUUUAUUUUCUUGGUUUCUUCAAUGGCCAUCACACAAUUUAUUAAUAUGUUCAAUUGAUCACUUAAAAACUUCCUACUUAAAACCAAUGCAUUUACUUAUUGUUUUAAAAUAACUUUCGUAUUUGUAAGACAGUCAUAAUAUUACACUUAUUUAAGUAAUAUAAGUCUCGGCGGUGGAAGUAUUAAUUAAUCGAUAGCCAAAUAAAAGUGUUUUUCAGUAUUUAACAUUGACAU